AUGGAGCACUCCGCCUCCAUGAACCUGUCGGUGGUGGAUGGAGACGAGCUGGAGGACCACCGCCCUCUCCUCCCGCCCAGGAUGGUUCCUCCGCCUCAGGCCUGCCCGCCCCAGUGUGGGAUUCACCACACGGUCCAGACAGCACCCGAGCACACCGUGUGGCUGGACAGAACCCAGGCCAUGGCCACCACGCCUCUGUACAACGGCCACCUGUACGUCACACCUUCACCUCGCCCCAACAGGAAGGGAGACAAAGCCAAAGGCAAGGAGAAGAAGUGCGAGAAAAAGUCACAGGGGAGCAGACCUGCAUCCAAGAACCACCAGUGCAAAGCCAAAAACACAGGAGCUAGCAGACUGCAGGAGAACGUCACAUCCUUCACCGACGUCCCCAUGUCCCCCUGCGGCUCGCCCUUCAAAGGCCCCUGCAGGCCUCACCUGGACGUCAGGGAUGUGGACGGUCGAGCGCGCCGCAAGUCAGCUAAUGUUUCCAUGGAGAUGCACGACCGCCAGAGUCUCCCAGAGAUAAUCAUCACCAACAAGGAUGAGCAGAUGCACAAGGGAGCUUCUCAGUACGGUCAGGACCCAAACGAGGGCAAAGGCCUGCUGCCAGGAGCCGAGUGUCCCAGUUCGAGCCCCAACCACAGCCCUCAGCACAGCCCCAAACACAAGAUGGUCGACAAGGACGACCCGUACUGGAGGACCCACAACAUCGGCUGGCGGCUGGUCCGCAGGAGGUCCAUGUUCCUGAGGAGGCAGCGGCUGAACGACUGCGCCCUGGCAGUGGGGAUAUUCGGGGUGGUGAUGAUGGUGAUGGAGACGGAGCUCUCCUGGAGCGUCUACAGCAAGAGCUCCAUCUACUCCCUCACACUCAAGUCGGUCAUCAGUGUGUCGACGCUCAUCCUGAUCGGCCUCAUCAUAGCCUAUCACUGCUGUGAGGUGCAGCUCUACGUGCACGACAUCGGCGCAGCAGAUUGGCGGAUUGCCAUGACGACCGACCGCUUGGCCCUCAUCGCCCUGGAGCUGGCGGCAGUGGCCAUCCACCCUUAUCCGGUGGGCCUGCUGGAUUACUUCCAGCAGAGGAAGAUUCGCAUGACGCUGUCCGAGACGGAGCUGGAGAUCGUCCUGGCGCUGCCCAUGUUCUUGCGGCUCUACCUGCUGGGUCGAGCCAUGAUGCUGCACAGCCGCCUCUUCACGGACACCGCCUCCCGCAGCAUCGGAGCGCUCAACAAGAUACACUUCAACACCCGGUUCGUGGGGAAAACUCUGAUGACCACCUACCCGGGGACCGUGCUGAUGAUCUUCAGCGUCUCCCUGUGGAUCGUGGCGGCGUGGGGCUUACAUGUCUGCGAGAGACACCACAACUACAGAGAUCUGAGCAGCAACUACAUGGAGGCCUUGUGGAUGGUUUCCGUCACCUUCCUGUCCAUCGGUUAUGGAGACGUGGUCCCUCACACCUACUGUGGACGCAGCAUCUGCCUCCUCACUGGGAUCAUGGGGGCCGGCUGCACCGUCCUGGUGGUGGCGGUGGUCGCCAGGAAGCUGGAGCUGACCCGAGCGGAGAAACACGUUCACAACUUCAUGAUGGACUCACACAUCACCAAGAGGAUAAAAAUUGCUGCAGCGAAUGUGCUGAGAGAGACUUGGCUUAUCUACAAGCACACCAAGCUGGCCAGAGAGAAAGACCACUCCAGAGUCCGCAUGCACCAGAGGAAGCUGCUGCUGGCCAUCCACCAGCUGCGGAGGGUGAAGAUUGAGAAGAGGAUACUGGCCGAUCAGGGGAACACACUCGUGGACCUGAACAAGAUGCAGAACCUGAUGUACGACAUGCUGACCGAGGUGCAGGGCUGCAGGGGGGAGCUGGACUCGCACAUCCACAGCCUGGAGAAGCACGUGGAGGAGCUGAGGGAGGGCUUCAGGAGCCUGAUGCCGCUCCUGUCCAGCACCCUGUCCACCCAGAACUCCUCCAUCCGACACCUGCUCAGAGAGAGGGAGGUGAAGUCGGAGACGGCCAGCGUGAGCGGGGACGACAGGUAG